AUGGCUCAAACGACUGUCCUACAGUAUGAGGCACCCUGGCCAGUGUACGCAUUAGAUUGGUGCAAGACACCAGCACCUGGCCAACAAUUACGACCGCGAUCUGCUUUUCGUUUAGGUCUAGGCUCCCUCCUUGAUAACUAUCAGAACCGAAUAGCCAUCGUAGGCCUUCGAGACGAGCGAGUUUUGGUGGAAGAUGACUACAACGAUUAUUCUGAUUUCACGAUUCUUUGCGAGACACAGCAUGGGUAUCCUGUUACGAAUUUACAGUGGCAGCCUGCGUCAGCUAUAAAUUACAGUUGGUCUGGGAAAAACAAUUCGGAGCUGCUGGCUACGACAGGGGAUGCGUUGAGGAUCUGGGAGUAUACGAGUGAUGGAUCACCGGCGAUGUCAGGUUUUGUGGGCAGGCAGCCGAGUGGAAGUGGGCACCAGCUUACGAUGAAAACUGCCCUGUCUGGGCAAUCAAAACUUCACACCCAAUCAACGGGUGCACCGUUAACCAGCUUUUCCUGGAACGAACGACGGCCAAGUCUGAUCGUCACUUCAUCUAUCGACACGACAUGUACAGUUUGGAAUAUCGAUUCUUCAUCUGCUGUGACGCAGCUCAUAGCGCACGACCGAGAAGUAUACGACGUAGCGUGGCUUCCUGGGUCUACGGAUAUAUUCGUAUCGGUCGGCGCAGACGGUAGUCUUCGGGCGUUUGACUUGCGAAGUUUAGAACAUUCAACAAUCCUUUAUGAAACGCCCCCACCGAAGAAUCCUCCGCCACCUUCCGCUACGCCAUCGAGUUCUGCUAGACCUCCUACAUCCCCACUGUUGAGAAUCGCUUUCAACCCAGAUGACCCAAAUUAUAUGUCGACAUUCCACAUGGAUAGUUCAGAUAUCCAGAUACUAGAUAUGCGAAGUCCAGGUGUGCCCAUGAUGGAGCUCAAGGCCCACCAUGCUCAGAUCAACACGUUGGGAUGGGCGUCAGCCGAUAAUCCACUGUUAGCUAGUGCCAGUGAUGAUUGCCAACUUUUACUUUGGGAUCUGGCGAAUUACACCAAGGGUGGAACGUCUCCUCGCAGUGCAGGGUCCCGUUUAAACUCACCGAGACCUGAUAUGAAGAAAACGAUAGUGACUGAACCUAUAAUGGCUUAUACUGCUCCAAGCCAGAUAACAAACAUGGCGUGGUCACCGCCCAUACAGGGGAUCACCACGAAUACUGGACAUUCGACUGCGACCGGAGAGUGGUUGGCUAUAGCUUGCGGUAGAACGAUCAGAGCACUGAAGGUUUGA